AACACCAAAAGUUACUGUAUACUAUGUAUAAGUACACCCCAUUUGGCCCGAGAAACGUGUCACUGGGAGUCAAAUUCCGGGGCACUUUUCUUGAAUUCGUCACUUCAUGUGGGUAUUUUGUGGUUCUACGUUUACCACUAUCCCAAUUGACACAGCUACAUGUGUUGAGCAUGCCAGGCCUCAUAAACCACCUCCUACUCUCGGUGCUGGCGAUAAAAUUGGAGAGGGAGAUUCUAGUCUGGUGUUGAGCAUACUGCCAGAUGAUUUGGCGGACGUCGCAUUCGAGAAUAUGCGCAAGGAAGUCAAGUGGAAUACGAUGUAUCACCGAGGUGGGGAGGUCCCCAGAUUAGUGGCAGUCGAAGGUGAAGUGGAUGCAGACGGAAGUUUCCCAAUAUACCGCCACCCUGCGGACGAGUCCCCUCCCCUCUCGCCUUUCUCGCCCACUGUAUCACGGAUUCGUGAACACGUGCAAAAGGUGCUCGAUCACCCCGUUAACCACGUUCUCAUCCAACACUAUCGCAGCGGGGCCGACUAUAUUUCGGAGCAUUCUGACAAGACGAUCGAUGUCGUGCGCGGUUCCAAAAUCGUGAAUGUCAGCCUGGGAGCUCAGCGUGUGAUGACUCUUCGUAUGAAGAAGGAUGGCGCAAAGCAACUUGAACCUCGCGAUGAGAAAGGGGCGCGUCCGAGCCAAAGGAUACCGCUACCACACAACUCGAUGUUCGUUCUCGGUCUGGAUACGAACGCCAAGUGGCUGCACGCUGUUAACCACGAUAAACGCCCGCUGCAGACCAAAUCGGACGAGGAACGGUUUAUGAAUGGAGAGCGGAUCAGUCUGACGUUUCGACAUAUUGGUACGUUCCUGGCCAGAGACGAGUCUGUGAUCUACGGACAAGGGGCGCGAGGAAAGACAAAAGGAGAUGCGAGACGUGUUGUCAACGGAACAGAGGAAGCAGCCAAGUUGAUUGCAGCGUUUGGUAAAGAGAACCAGGAGAGCGAGUUUGAUUGGGAGUCUGCAUAUGGCCAGGGGUCAGAUGUGGUGCACUUUACACCAAAGAAGGAAGAAAAUGGUUUAUAUUCCUCGGAAAUGGAUGGGCGUCUCGAUGGGACUUGUUCGCGCUAACGUUGUGUAUCAUUCUUAUUUCUGAUCUGAAGAAUGUUAUUAUUAUUGCAGCUGCUGUAGUCAAGCA